AUGUUGACAACAUGAUCUUGACUGUCAAUCGAAAACGAAAUAUUUUUGACCAUAUAUUUGGGAUUUGUGAACUCUAAACUCUAUAUUUCAAUAAUGUCUGCAAGACAAGCCAUACAAGUUGGCACUAAAACCGUUAAGCCAGUCCUUUCUGUAACUCAAGGAGAGGCGAGGUUGCGAGUGUUAAAUUUGUACAAGGCUUGGUAUCGUCAAAUCCCGUACAUAGUCAAAGAUUUUGAUAUCCCAAAAUCAGAAGAACAAUGCCGUGCUAAGCUAAAGGAAAUCUUUUUAAGGAACAAGGAUGUGACUGACAUUAGAGUUAUUGAUAUCCUCGUUAUCAAGGGACAAAUGGAAUUAAAAGAAUCUGUCAACAUCUGGAAGCAAAAGGGGCAUAUAAUGGCAUAUUUCAAGCCUACUGAAGAACCUAAGCCUAAAGAUUUCCUUUCAAAGUUCUUCUCGGGAGUUGAAUGAUUUAUUUAGUUUGUUUAAGGAAAUGUUAUUAUCUGUAUAGUACAUGUGAAAUAGCCUA